AUGGAAAAAACCUUCCCUAAUAAUACACAAGCAACAUACGAUUCUUCAGAUAGUAAAAACGCGCUUGGAAGACGACUUUCUCGUAGAACUUCUGACAGAGGUAGGGAAAGAUACAAAACAACUGAAAAGGAACUUGAAGAACGUGAGCGUGCAAAAUCAAGAACGCGUGAGCGAGCAAAAUCUAGGACGCGUGAACUCGAAAAUAACAGAGAACGAACAAAAUCCCGAACACGGGAAACGGAAUUUGAUAAAGAGAGAGUAAACACUUUAGAACGAGCGAAAUCUCGAGCACGAGAAAAAGCAACAGAUUCUGAUAAAGAGAGAGUAAGCACUUUAGAACGUGCAAAUACUCGAUCUCGUGAUGCAGAUGAUCGUGGCAGAUCAAGGCGAGUUCCCGAUGAUAAUUCGAAUGAUCGUGGCAGAUCAAAAUCACGACCACGUGAAAUUGAAGAAAGAGGUCGUUCUAAAUCUAAAACUCGAGAAACGGAGGAACGAAGAGGUAGAUCUAAAUCAAGCAAUCGAAAUGAUAACCGAGAAAGAGCUAUUUCUAGGGAAAGGGAAAAGGACAUUGAUUUUGAAAAAGAGCGAGAUUUACAUUUAGAGCGACUAAAAGCGCGUGGACAAGAUGAAGCAGAAAAACCGAAACAGCUUGAUCGUUCAAAAUCUCGUCAACCCAAAAUACCAGAAACAAAGGUUACCACGCGAAUAUAUAUCGAUGAUUCCCGACAAUUCAAAACUCUUGCCCUAACUUCAAAAAUGAACGCCCUAAACAUAAUCGAAUAUUUCAAAAAACGUAAUGCUAUAGAAGAUGGAAAUGAAUGGACACUUUUCGAAUUGGUUAAUGAAUUCGGUUUAGAGCGACCGUUAAGGGAUUGGGAAAUUGUUACAACAGUGAUCGGAAGCUGGGAACCAAAAACGUCUAAUGCAUUGCUUCUAAAGAAAUACGCUUACAGAAGUUCCUUGACAGUUGAGGGUUUGAGUAAUGGAGUGCCGCCUCUAUUUGGCUGGUUACACUUAGAGACUAAAAAAAACAAAUGGCAGAAGCGAUAUUUCUUUUUAAAAGAUGGCUCAAUUUACCAUUGUAAAGAUGCAAAGGCUGUGGAUCCAGUACUUCUUUGUUCCAUAUACAAUUUUGAUGUAUACACAUUGACACGAACAAUUAAAAAAGCACCUAAACCAUUUCUAUUUGCGUUGAAAUCUCAAGAUCGAGUUGUGAUGUUCGAAAAUUCUGAGGAUUAUGUACAUUAUUUAUGUGCUGAUCAUAUGGAGAAAAUGAAGGAUUGGGUUUUAAGUAUUAGGACUGCAAGAAAUCAAAUGAUGUUGGAGAAUCAUCCAGAAUUAUUUUCAGCUAUAACUGGAGAACAGACAACACCCACCUCUCCCCAACUAUCAUCAACAAAAAACCUUCAACCUUUAUUGGCUUUAGCGGGAGAUGAAUUGGAUAUUGGAGACAAAAACACUGAGAAAAGUUCAGGUUUCUCGUCUUCAGAACAAUGGGCCAAUGUGCGUCGUUUCGUCCGAGUUUUUAAAAGUGGAUCUUUAUUGGACUUUGAAAGACACAAUCCACCCAUAAAACCGGUUGAACCGGAAGUCACAAGUUUCAUAGAAGGUUCUUUAUUAGCCACAACUGAAGCAUUUUUUGAAAAUUAUAAAGAAAAAGAAAAAUCCAAUAAUAGUAAUGGCGGCACUUUGGUACAAAUUAAUGGCGAUGUAAAAUUCCAUAAAGGAUCCCUGCUCGAAACAAAAAUAUCCAUGCUCGAAACAAAAAUAAAUAGAGAUCAUGGAGAAAGUAAUGGGACAUUAGUGCAUAUUGAUGACGAUGUAAAAUUUCAUAAGGGGUCUUUGCUCGAGGGUAGAGGCAACAGAGAUCACGUCGAUACUAAUGUUUCGUCUAGUAGUACACUUGUAAAUAUUGAUGACGAAUUAAAAUUUCAUAAAGGAUCAUUAUUGGCGACUAGAGGUGCAUUUUCUCCGGCGAACAAAGAUCAUUUUGAAAUAUCUUUAUCUCACACACCCGAAUAUAACAAAGGUUCAUUACUAGCGAGGGGAUUAACAUCUAAUGGAAAAGAAACUUUUGAAAUAUCACAAUCACAAACACCAGAGUUUAAUAAAGGAUCUUUGCUAGCACGAGGUUUGUUAUCGCCAUCCAAAGAUUCUUUCGAGGGGUCACCACAUUCAUCUAAUUCGAGACCUCGACCUGAAAGAAAACCUUCAAAUGGGCCAUUGAUAUCGGUUGAUCCACCUCUAAUUCGAAACGGACCAAAAAUCACGUCUCCUUCGACAUCCACAUCACCAGGGAAAACGUUGCUUCAAUUAGAUCUUUCGCCCGACGUAAAACAUACACUUAAUUUACGAAAUAAAGAUUUUAAACCGUUAUUGAGUUUCGUUCCGGGUGAAAAACCUGAGCCAGUUCAUGAGACUGAAGCCAUGCGAGUGCAACGCGAAGCUCGUGAAACAGGAAAAACUUUACUGAAUUUAAAUAUUGAAAAUGAUUCGGACGAAUCGAAAGAAGCGGAUAAAGACAUCGAUGAUGAUGAAAAUGAUUUGUAG